AUGUCUAGGUUCAGGUUCGUCGAUACGGAUGCCAUACCUCUUUCCCCGUCAAAUGCGUUUCGUCCACCCUCAUCGUCCCCUGCCUCGUCCUGUUCGACCAAGCGCGUUUCGCAGAAGCAGGAGGACAAGGAGAAUACGCCUUUGGAGCAGCCCACCAAACGCCCACGCGUAGCCAAGCCAUGCACGCCUGUCACAUCAAGUCCCGUGACAUCCUCUCAUAUACCAUCACCCCAGUGGACGUCGAUGAGCACGGAGGACCUCCAAAAGCGUCUGGCCCACUUGAAGGAGGUGCGCAUGCACUCAAUGGAAAAGCGUGCAUCCAUCGUGUGUGGUGAUGGAAUCUUUGAUGAAAGCUCAGACUACCUUAAGAUCGAAGAGCAACUUUGUGCCUCUCGCAUAUGCGCUAUUGAAGCGGAACUUGCUUCGCGAUCGUCUCCAUCGAUGCCCUCGUCCCUUUCUGUGCCGUCAGACGCCAUCGAAGUGCUGGAUGACGACGAAUUUGAUAUGACGAUACCCGAUAAGGAUUUAUUGGAGAUGGAAAUCCCAGCAACACCAUCUAUUCCAUCUACGCCACACCCAUGGGACGAUCAAGUUCGGCAUUCCCUACGCCACAUUUUCCGACUCACCGACUUUCGCCCUGAUCAACUGGAAGCGAUCAAUGCGACACUCUCAGGACGCGACGUGUUUUGCUUGAUGCCCACAGGUGGCGGAAAAAGUCUUUGUUACCAACUCCCUGCCACAAUCACGAAAGGUCAUACUGAUGGCCUGACUGUGGUGAUUUCACCACUUUUGGCCCUCAUUCACAACCAGGUCAAAGCACUCCUCGACAAAAAUAUACCCACAAUCGCGAUCAAUGGCGACAUGCCAGAAGCUGAUCGACAGUACGCUCGCUCGGAACUAUGUCGCCGCGACAUGAAUGUCCGCCUCUUGUAUGUGACGCCCGAGUUUGUCAGCAAGUCGCGCCUAGCGCACACGAUUUUCCAGCACCUGUAUUCAAAGCAACGACUGGCACGGUUUGUGAUCGACGAGGCACACUGUGUCGAUCAAUGGGGUCAUGAUUUCCGACCCGACUAUGUCCGCUUAGACAUGCUAAGAAAGGAGUAUCCUGACGUGCCGAUCAUGGCCCUCACUGCAACGGCACGCAUAGAUACAGUGCAGGACAUCCAGCGACGUCUCGGCAUGCGGAAUGCCCUGAUGCUGCGCCAGUCGUUCAACCGCCCAAAUUUGACGUACAGAGUGUGCCCUAAGAAGCGAGGUGGUGGUACCUUGGAUCGCAUUGCUGCCAUGAUCCAAGAGGACCAUCCGAACGAUUGCGGCAUUAUCUACUGUCUGUCACGUCGUGACUGUGAGAAUAUCGCCAGCGAUCUUGAGACCAAGUAUGGGAUCCGAGCGCGGCAUUUUCAUGCAGGACUCAACACGCAGGACAAGUUGCGGAUCCAGGAAGGAUGGGAAGCCGGCACAUUCAAGGUCAUUGUGGCUACUAUCGCUUUUGGUAUGGGUAUUGACAAGGCGGAUGUACGUUUUGUCAUUCAUCAUUCCAUGCCCAAGAGUUUGGAAGGCUACUACCAAGAAACUGGGCGAGCAGGCCGAGAUGGCAAGCUGUCUGAAUGCACAUUGUUCUGGUCAAUGGAGGAUAGUCGGAAACUCGAAUCCAUGAUUAACGAUGCACCUGAUAUACCCGUCGAACAAAAACGCUUGCAGUGCAAGACGCUAUACCAAGUCCGCCAGUUUUGCCAAUCUCUGACGGAAUGCCGACGCACCAAUAUUCUCAAGUACUUUGGCGAGCAUUUCGAUCCAAAGCUGUGUCGUGGCAGCUGUGACAACUGUCAGCGGACACCGGCGCACCUGGUCGAUAUGACCACCAUGGCCAAGCAUCUCGUCAGCAUGGUGAAAUUGCUUUCUGAGCAAAGCACAUCCUCCCACUAUACCCGGUCAUAUCUCAUGGCCGUCUUUCGCGGAAGUAUGAAAAAGGACAUCAAGGACAACGGCCACCACCACAACUUGUACCAUGGACGUGGCGCACAGUACUCGGAUGAUGAGGUUAUGCGACUUAUGGAUCACCUACUUACGGAACGCGUAUUGACUGAGUUUGGCAAACGUGUCGGGUUCCAGCGGUUUCCAAAUUAUUACAUCAAGCUUGGACCUCGCGCGUCUGCUCUCUUGCAAGGACAUUUGUCCAUUGAGCUUGAUAUGCCGAGUAAGUCGGGAGCCGCACCAGCUCCUCGUCGAGCGAGGCGCAGCAACGCCUCUAAUAGCUCCGACGAUUUGGAUCUGACGCACAUUUCUCUAAGUCCGCACAAAGCGCGACCGUCCGACACGCGCCCACCUAUCCAAAUCGCAGCCAUGCCCAUGUUGGGCCCUGCACAUACAUAG